UCAUUGUUUAGCUCUCAUGUCGUCUUCAAGAGAAGGACACUACAGGGGAGUAAGGAAGAGGCCAUGGGGAAGAUACGCCGCCGAAAUACGCGAUCCAUGGAAGAAGACUCGGGUUUGGUUGGGUACAUUUGACACACCUGAAGAAGCUGCACUCGCUUACGACGGCGCCGCCCGAUCCCUCCGCGGUUCCAAAGCUAAAACCAACUUCCCCACCACCCCAUCAUCUGUACCUCCACCUCCGCCUCCGGCUCUCUCUCUGGGUCUCAAUCUUGCCUCUUACCGUCGUUGGCCUUUAGCUUCAGCUCUCCAUCAUCAUCACCACCAUUUUGCCACCAUGGGUGAGUUUCUUCAAACUGGGGUUAUCAAAGAAAUGCCAUCGACGGGACCAACCGGUGUUGUUGGUGUUUCGACCGGUCCUCCGGUUCCGGAAAAUGGGUCCACGGCGUCAUUUUUGGGGAUUGUUCGACGUGGUUUGCCUAUUGAUUUGAAUGAACCGCCACCCCUCUAGCUGUGAAAUGUUGUUUUCUCAGGCAUUUUAAGGUUCUAUUUUUAUUUUAACUUUUAACGAUCGUUAGUUUUUAGGGGCA